AAGGCUAUUUUUAAAUUUGCUACCCGAUCGAUCGAGACGGAGAGAGAUGCCGCUGGGGAAAUAUUACUGCGAUUACUGCGACAAGCAAUUCCAAGACACCCCCUUCGCACGGCGGCGCCAUAUCCAAGGCGUUCACCACCAGAGAGCCAAAGCUCUAUGGUACGACUCCCUGCGCUCCCAAAAUUUGGCUCAAAUUCAUGACCCAGACUCUGUUGGAAAAGGAGUUUGCAAUCGCUUUCUCCGUACGGGGUCGUGCCAAUACGGAGAUUCUUGCAAAUAUUAUCAUCCCAAACAGAAUGUCCCAAGCAUAAACACUCAAGGAUUAGCAGGGACGAGUUUCAUGAAAAAUGUUGGGCAGGAAGGUAUUUCUAGGACUCAGUUGGAUGGAGAAGCUUCUAUGCCUGCUACAAUGUUGAGAAAUCAAAUGGGAACUUCAGUCGGAAACUUACCUCCAUCUUUAUGGCCUCCUCCGGAGGGUGGAUAUCCACCUCUCCCCUUUGUUGAUUGGGGAUAGGUUUGCCAUCUGAAAAUGUUUAUCUUGUUUUUCAGCCAUACCAGUAUCUAUAGGAGCGGCAAUUGUUGGAGAUUCAAGCGCCCAGUACAGAAUUGAUCUUGACUGUUUUAUCUAAGUGACUCGAUUUUAUCCCUCAUUGUAUCCUUCUAUAGUGUCGAUAGCUGCUACUAUAAAGCACAUCACUAAACUUGGAUAGGUUAAACAUGUUAAGUGGAUUGCGUGUAAUCUGUGUGCGCAUCUAUAUUAAGUUUUUAUUCAAGAUGCAUUCUCAUUUACAA